CUCGUGCUACCACCAUGCCUGAAGCUCUCCCAAAUGGUACCGGGAACAAACCAGGAAACAACUCUAGCUCACUGGAGGCAGACAUAGCCUUGCUGUCCAAACUUCUGUCCCAGAACGUUGAUGAAUCCGACCCGGACGUCGUAGAGCUCCUUCGCCGACUGGAGGCUGCGGAGGGGAUCGCGGACGGGGUGGAAAGCCGCCUCGACGGCAUUAUCGAUCAUCUAGACAAUUUACUCAGCGACUUGGAGACCCAGACUUCCGCGAAGCAAGGAGAGAGCGGCGAUACCGCAGUUGCUCAAGUCGAGGAAGAGACUAUAAUCGUCGCAAGCACGCAGGAGGGCACGAAGUGACCACGGAGGAGAGGGAUGACUGCAUCCUGCCGUAACCCACGAUGCUCACUGUCCGGGGCUGUAUCCCAGCUGUGCCCCCAGUGCCGAAACACAUCGUUCAAUGGAUGCUAUGAUUGCCGCAGGCAUCGAGAGAUCCGGCGAUCCCGACAGGGAUAUAUCAGGACAAGAACCCCGGGGACGUAUUCGAGAGGAUGACACCUGGUUUUCGUGAUAUCAUCAUCAAGAGCCCUCGCUGUUCACCGCAUGCAAUACUGCUCGGGUAUCCCUCUGAGCUAUGUUCGAAACCAAUCAAAUUCAUUAUGG